UGUAGGCCUUCUGGCACCUCUGCUGAACAUUUACUCUUACUUACCUACCCCUUUCCUCGCUUGGUUGGCAGGUAAAAAUUAAGAACAUCUUCUCUCUGGCAUGGUCUGAAAUAACAGCUGCAAUAUUUUCUAAAUUUUUCCCAAGAAAGGUAGGUAAUACUUUGUGGCAGUGAGUGUCCUAUACAAAAAGCUAUUUUUAGGUUUUGCUUUAUAGGUUAAAAUUAUAGCUAGAUUAAGAAUUAGAAGGAAGUAUUUUGGAUAAAUUCAAACUUGAAUCUGAGCCUAAUUGCAUCUUAUAUUGAAAAAUGUACAUUCUUUGAAGUGGAGCAUCUUACUGACUUAGCAGACAGGGGUUGUUGUCGUAGUUUCACUGUAGUAGAACAGCUUCUCGUGAUUGAGAAUAAUUUCUAGGAAAUGCAAUUUGAGAAUUUAAAAGGUUUUCUUGAAAGGAUUUAUAGGGGAGUUUUUGGGUCUUUUGGUGAUCUCAGAAGGUUAUGCCAAAUUUUGCAUCUUGUGCUGUAGAGGGCCGGGCUUGUGCAGUGGUGGGCACUGAGUGUUGGGUUUCGUGAUAAUUAGAGGAAGCGGUGCCCACCUCACACGAUGUUAGGAGCCAAAUGGCAGUAUGUGCCCAGCAUCUAGGAAUUGUUCAGCUAUGGUGGUUCUUCAUCUUUUCCCCACCAGCCCAGACUCUUCUCUACUGUGAAGUACUGGUCAUUCUUACCAGGCAGGGGAUUCUAUUCUAAACUAAUGUCACUUCAAGGCAAGAGAAUUUUUUUAACCUAGCCCUCAUCUUGCCGGUAAGGAGCCAGGGUGGUCGUGUGCGGGAACCGCCCAAGGUCAUACUGCUGUGCCUUGACCUUUUUGAAUAUGUAGCUAAUACUAACAACACUGUGACUUACAGAUGAAGCAAGAAAUGUUUUUCAGAGACGGGAUGGGAGGCUGAGAUCAUGUGGACCUUCCAUAUGGAGUCCAAAAUGAGAUUCAUGUCUGUGGGCAGACCCAAAAAACAGGCAAUGAAGACAUGUCUCCUCUUUCUGAUUUGUGAUGGUCUGAGAAGGAAUGUUUAGAAGGUCAAGUAUCUACCUAUGAGAGGCCUUGAAGGUCAGUGUCCAGCUCCAGAAGCACAAGCCUAACUGUCCAAGGCUCUCGCAACUGUCCCUACUCUCCUGUUUGCCUGCGGAGGUACCUUACUUCCUCAUCUUGGCUUCUUUGCUGACGUGUGAUCACCCCAAGGCCAUGCUCCGCCUGGCUCAUGUGCCUCAGCCUGUGCUACCUCUACUGCCUUCUGCAGUGUGGGGUCCCAGAAGUGCAGCCUUGGCUCGCUCUCUCCUCUCCACUUCUGCCGCUUCAGUUAUCUCCGUUAAGUUGUCUUCCGAGCUGUGUCACUCUGUACCUGGGUCUACUGCAUGUCAAACAGAGUUCUAGGUCCUGGAUGCCACUGUGCAGGCAUGUCAAAUGUCACUCCUGGCUCAAGCCAGAAACCUGGGCCAUUCUAGAUUCCCUCUCUCACCUCUUGUUUAGAAUCCAGCCCCUCUUCUCCACUCUCAGCACCUGUGCGUUAAGUCCCAGUCCCUUGUCCCUAACCUGACUGUAAAGACUGUUCUCCAGCUGCUCUCUAAAAUGUCCUGUACUUCUCCAUAUGGCCACAGAGUGCUAAAAGCACUCUAGUCAUUUCCUGUUGUCGCCUAUGAAAAACUGCUUCUGAACUCUGUAGUAUGGUUACCAAGGCCCCCCGUGAUUCAGCCCUUACUACCUGUGGCUGAACCCUUGGGCCCUGACCCCUGCAUUCCCACCCAAUCCUACUGUCCACCGUCACUACAGGUGGUGAGUCCAGGCCCCUGGCCCUCUUUCCGCUGUUGGAAAGCUGUUACACUGGUUUUCAUGUCUUGUCACCCACUGCUCUGUAAACCUCCUGAAGGCAUCUGGCAUUAUUCCAGGAUGGAGUGUUUUAGUCACGAGUCUCCCGAGUGGCUGACGCACGGCCGUGGUGCAUGGAGGUCACACGGAGCAGGCGCCCGGGCCCCUGGCCGGGACGUGCCGCUCACUCAGUACCAGCGGGACUUCGGCGUGUGGACGGCGCCCGCGGGGUCCAGAGAUGCAACGCAGGGGCGCGGACAGGGAGCAAGCAGCCGCAGGGCCAAGCCCCCCGCACCCCACUGCCGGGGGGUCUACGUGCUCCCCAUCGGCGACGCGGAUGCGGCUGCAGUGGCGACCACAUCGUACAGACAGGAAUUCCAGGCCUGGACUGGAGUGAAGCCAUCAAGAUCCACGCAAGUGAAGCCCGCCAAAGUCAUCACAACCCACAGCUCUGGAUGGGACGGCAGCCCCAGGGCCGGUUUCCAGGCCCCUGAGGUGAGGAAAAAGUUUGCCCCUAACCCCUCAGCCAUCUUUCAGGCCUCGGCUCCCCGGAUCCUCAACGUGUGACUGCCCACGGAAGAGUGAGCCACGGGGAUCAGGACCCACCCCCGGGACUGUGGUGAGGCCUCAGGACGGGACGGCCGUCAGGGGCGCCACGCCUCCGCAAGCCACACGGUGCUUCAAGCAGGACAGAGGCGCCACCCAGCUUCAGCGCUGGGCCCCCGCCACCCUCGCCUUCCUUGGGAAGUGUGUGGAACGCUUCAGAUCUUUUCUUAAUUGCCUCUUUAGGGCGCUCUUCAGUUUUUAAAUCUGAAGACCUUGAUCAAUUCUAUGUGAACUGAAUUGGUCUCUGGGGGUUGAGGAAUAUGGACAUAACAGAUCCUUGAAAGAUCCAGUAACGUUCAGGCUGUAUGAUAAUUUUAUAACCUAUGGUAACUCAAGGUAAUGUCCUUGGAUAGUCCCACCAGCGGCCCCUCACAGGUUGUAGAAGAAAUCUUAGGUUAUCACCUGCAUGUGAUUCAUGAUAAUGCUAAGUAACCAGGAACAAGUUUCCCAAAGGAACAGAAGAAUAUCAAUCAUAGGGUUUCUUUUUUAAAAAUAUAAUUUCUUUAUGGCCAAGAUGACCCUGGUUUUAACAAAACAUUUCUUGGGAUGAAUGAAGUGCUGAAUGAAGGACAUUUAUCUUGUUGGUUUCUGAGCCCCACGUUGUAUUACUAACACCAGUUUUGUUCCCUUAGUGUAUUGAUGACUAGAUGGGAACUACUAUAUACUAAGAACUGGGAAUGUCUUUGGGGCAAGGGUGGCCCAAAAGGCCUUAAAAUGUCAUCUCAUUACAGGGAGCUCACUAGCUGCUAAGGAACCAGCUCAUUUUGGUUUUGGAAGUCCCUCUGCUGACUUUAUCGAUAAAGUCCAGCCGGUGCAGCCACCUGGAAACAGCCUGGUUCUCCUCUUUGCAAGCAGCCCUUGAAACGUUUGUGUCCUUUUAGAGAUUACAGGCACAGCCUAAGGACAGUUUUGGUAAGAAAACUCAAGGAUUUCCCUUUGGAUUUUUAUCCCUCUCCAGCUCCCAAGUGACAGCCUCAUGAGCCUUUACUUUUGCCACAGGAGGUGGCGUUCAGGUUUCAGAAGCAGCUCAGAGUGGAGGUGGGGCUGUGUUUCCAGCUCAGGCUGCGAGGGGGCCGUCCCCUCAGAGGUGCUAGCUCCCAGCUCUGGCAGGCACAGCCUUUCCCCUCGUUCCAGCAAAGGAAAUGAUCUGAGAGAAUCAUUUAAAACGGAAAAGCAAAACCAUAUGCUUACACAAAGGGUUCUAUUAUUUCAGACUUCAUUGGUUUGCAUGUUAGAUGUUCCUAAGGGAAAAGAGACUGCCUGCUGGGCCUUCUGUGAGAAGCAAACAGAUUAACUGUACAAUCUCAUAUUUUACUAAAAUGCAAAUGUACUAUUUCAAUUUCUUGUUAAUUUAUUUAUUUAAUUAUAAACACGAACGCCU